CACACCUCCGAGGCACACCACUCCACUCUAACAACUAAACUAUUAAUUCAACUCAAAAGCCCCGCUGACGGCUGCUUGGUUUGGUCGGCUACCACAGUACAGUACUUAGCUAACAUUGUUAGCUAUAAAUUGUUCAACCUGCUUUACCACACUUAGCUUGUGAUGUUGAGCUUAUUUUAGAAGUCGAGCUGAGGGAGACCGCGUUGAUGUUGAUGGCAUUAGCAAACCUCAAUUUCUAAAUUCAUUUCACCAAAUCACUUUGCUCAUUUGACAAUUUAGCCUCAUUCAGGAAGGCAACAAAGUUUUUGACAAGCUUAAGGUGAAACAUAGGAGCAAAACUCAUUGUCAUUGCCUGCCAUUGACAACGAUGUACGUCCAAUUCACUUUAACUGGGAGGACUGGCUGUGAAUUCCCAUCUUGCAGUGAACAAUCAUUGGUAGCCCUCCCAAUCAAAAUUGAUUAGACGUCUAACGCCGUCAAUGGCAGCCAACUAUCGAACAAUUUAUUUUUAGCUUUUUGUUGUUGUUGUUAAACUCAAAAACUCAAAAACUUACAAAAACAAUGCCUUCUUCCUUACGAGGCUGAUUUGUUCAGUGACUACUCUUAACUCAAAUCACUUGUAUCUCAAAUUGACUUGUCCAGUGAUUGAUCCAGCCUAAACAUUUCUUUAUGUCGUUAAUGAACUUUCACUGUCAUUGCCAGCGAUAGACAUUAAAUCUAUUUAAACUGAAUGAGCUGGCAUUGAUGACGGCAAUAGAUGUCCAAUCCAAUUUGACUGGGGGGCUGGCAACAAUCGGUUAAUUAAAAGUUUGAACUUGGUUUUAACUAGGUUUAUUUUGAUGGUAAAAAUGAUAAAACGUUAUUGCAAACUGCUCUAUUUUGAAACCAAAAAUGCCUAGAUCCAGUGGCCAGUGUCCGGUAUCGCAGGCCUUUUCAAACACUUCCGGGACUUCAUUUUGUAAGACAGGAAGGUGGGCCGUUGAUUUUAACUCUUUCACUGCCAAUGAUGGUUAUAAAUGUCCAACCCCUUUGAACUUUGGGCGUGACGGCAAAUGAAAGAAUGCUCAUUCAUUCCAUGUUCAAUUGGAUUGAACGUCUACUAGUGACUAAUUUAAAUUCACAGCAGAAGGACGAAAAGAGAUGAUUAGGCAUCUGUCAUCGUCAUCGGAACUAAAGAACAGCUGCUUAUUUUCAAAAUUUGUCAGCAAAUAAGCGUGAAGUCAUGCCUGCUGUAUCAUGACAUCUCAUUUAUAUGUGACAGGAAACUUCAAACUUUUUUCUGUUUGGUAGAAGGUGUGACGUGUAAGAGAUGUAAGAAGGCAUAUUUUAAGUCACAGAAUAACCAAAAAUGGAUUCUAAACCAACUUAAAUUGAAGUUCAAUUUAGCGUAUUUUUUUUUGCGCUCAAGUCAAGGCAAAGUUUCUGAUUUUGGUCAAUUUUCUCCUUUAAGGAAAUACAAAUGGCAAUGAGAUUACAGUUAUCCCUUGCUACUUCGCGCCCUCAGUCCAUCACGGAUUUUUUUCCAGUUAAAAAAUAAAUAUAGAUGAGCUGUCCUGAGCCGAUUGGGUAGUCUCACUCUCCCUUCCUUCCUCCCUCCCUAGUCUUUGAUGGUCAGGCAGUCUACUGGAUUUGCUUAUUAAAGGUAAUGAUGAUUGACAGACAGUUACGCUUUGAUCUUGCCAGAGGCGCUGGUAAGCUAAGACUUUAAAGACCAAAUGUGAAGUAAGGUUGGCCAACCAUGUUUUUGAAUAAUAUCAAUGGAUUUUCGUAAUUUUUUUUUAACGCAACCCUUCCAGAUUCUUUGUUUAACCCAUAGCAAUGCCCUUGACAACUAAAAUGCUUUUCUUCGACAAUCUUCGGAAAUCUUCGGAAAUUACGUCACACAGAGAACUGUGUGGGAAGUCUGCUAUAGAACAGUAUUGUUGCAUUGCUUCUCGGUAAGAUGCCACGGCGGUGUGUGGCGAUGUAUUGUUUUGAAUCUAAAGAAAACUUGUAUGAGUGGCCAAAGGAUAGCAGGGCACGUAAAUGGACAUCUUUCGUUCGCACGAAGCGAAUGAAUUUCACGCCAUCAUUGAGUAGUGUUCUCUGGUGGAAACACUUUGAAGAUGCCUGGUUCCUCAACCGGUCUGCUUAUGAUCAAGGAUUUGCCAAAAAACGAGAAUGCAGAGCCUGCAGCCGGACCCCAAUGCCCGAUAUAGAGGUGUGUACGAAGCCCUGAGAAGGAUCAUCCGUACAGAGGGUUUCUUCCGACCGCUAAGGGGCCUCAACAUUACCAUAAUGGGCGCCGGUCCCGCCCAUGCACUCUACUUCGCCUGCUAUGAACGGGUCAAGCACUCACUCAGCGACGUCAUUAAAAGCGGAGGAAACAGCCACCUGGCUAACGGUGUUGCAGGCAGUGUGGCCACUGUACUCCACGAUGCUGUCAUGAACCCUGCUGAAGUGGUGAAGCAGAGGAUGCAAAUGUACAAUUCUCCCUAUCGUGGACUUUGGGACUGCGUUCGCAUGGUGACGCGCACGGAGGGCGCAGGCGCCUUCUACCGCAGCUACAGCACGCAGCUGACCAUGAACAUCCCCUUCCAGGCCGUUCACUUCAUCACCUACGAGACCAUGCAAGAGUGGCUCAAUCCCCACAGACACUACCACCCCGGCACGCACAUCGUGUCCGGGGCGGCGGCCGGCGCCAUCUCGGCCGCUGUCACCACGCCGCUCGACGUGUGCAAAACUCUGCUCAACACGCAGGAGAACGUGGCGCUCAGCUCCGUGAACAUCAGCGGACAUUUGUCAGGGAUGGCUAACACUUUUAGGACAGUGUACAAGCUCGGCGGGUUGCCGGCUUUCUUCAAAGGAGUACAGGCUCGAGUGAUUUACCAGAUGCCUUCCACCGCCAUCGCCUGGUCCGUGUACGAGUUCUUCAAGUACUUCCUGACUCAGCAGGAGGCGAGACGCACUUCCUGGAACCCAAAAUGAAUGCGGCCACUCUGAUGUUCGAGGAAGUAGCCGAGCUCAUACACGGCUCGUUGUUGGUACGCUGACGUCUGCGCAGAUGUUUGUUUGCCAAUGACGUCGACGCUCAAGGGCAAAAGAAUUAAGGACAAAUUCACACAGUCAACUUUCAACAUUCUUCCUUACACACCCGGCCACAUAUUUCAAAUGUUUUUAAUAUUUAUUUAUUUGUGUGGCUUGUACUUUCAGAAGGAAGCAACAUUUAUUUGUUUGACCUACAGUAUGUGUGUAUUUAUGAGAAGCUAGCAGAAACUCAGCUUUUUUUCCAACACUAAUAGGAAAAUUCCACUCAAACUUCCAAGUGCCUCUUUUGCAUAGCAAAUCUUGCUCCAUAUUUUUUUUCUGAACCGAAAAGCUUUUAUUUACUUUUAUUUACUCAGUGUGAAACCUGGGCAUCUUGUAUAGAAGUAGGUAUCAUUACAUUCCCGAUUCAAAUUAAUCCCACUAUGUCCAGUUCUUCUCUAUAUUCUAGUGUAUUUCUUAAUGAAAGAUAGCUUUGCUUAUUGUUUCACACCAGAGAUCCUCUGAGAGGAAACUGUCUUUACUUCCUUUUUACCACCAUUUGUUAAAUUUUGACCAGUUCUUAGUUCGCAUCUUUUAAAAAUCUUUGCCAUCGCUGUCACCGUUAUAGUUUUACUAGAUAGUGGCUGGCCCCUUACCUCUUACGCAUUACUAAUCAAAGUAAUUACUUCCGAUAUAACAUGAUAUGAAUACAGACCAUUUGACAGCAGAAACUCGGCAACGGCACUUUUGUAGAUUCCUUUUCAAAAAAUUGUUUACAUCAAUUGGGUGAAAGUGCAUGAUUUUCUAUGGCACACCGGACACUACGCCACACAGUUGUUGGGGAAAAACACUUGAUUAUUACACUCCAGGUGAGAUCAAAUGUAAAGCUAGACACUUAGAAAAGAAAAUUACUCGUAUUGUGCAUUAAAUUACAAAAAAAUGUGUCAGUCUCUGGAGGGCCGUUAGCUUAAUCCUAAUGUACUAUGGUCGAAGCCAUUGUAUAAAAAUUACCAGUUGAAAGAAAACCAAUAACAUUAAAACCAAUUUUAAAAAAUCAUGGUGUCAAGAUUGGACGAUAUACACUACCGUUCAUAAGUUGGUGGUCUAAGCGACCCCCAACUUUUGAACCGUAGUGUACAUAAUGAAAAAUCCCAUAUGAUACACUACGGUUCAAAAGUUUGGGGUCACUUGUUACCCAAACUUUUGAACGGUAGUGUAAUUUUUUUUCGUCUUUUCGGCAUAAUCGCCUAACCCUGCGUCCAAUCCAUUUGAACUGGUAACCGAAUGUUCACUGACAGCCCUUCCAGUACAAGUGGACUGGAUAUCACCGUUAAUGGCAGCCAACUUGCUUCAACGGCACCUCUGCUGGUAGAAAUCGAGUACAGAGCUCCAUUUUGCCUCCGUUGUUACAAGGCUAGUGGUUAGCCUAUCCUAAAGUUCUGAGGUUUAGGGUACGAAUUCUGGCUUCCUGUCACUGUAUUCCAAAAAUAUGAAAUUCAGCUUAAUUGUUCAUUCACGUGAAUGGUUGUCUAAAUGUACCCAGUCUGUAGUGCACAAGAUGCAAGGCAGCUAUUGGAGGCCUGAACAUGGCUGUUGGUCUUUCUUGUCCUUGUACAUAAAUCAGAUUCGAUAUCAAAUAUAAAGUUAACAUUUUACUCAUCGCCUUUCACUCCUCUGCUUUAAAGAUUCCUCCAUCUUUAGAUGGAAAAAGCCACAUUGAAGUGUUUACGCUCAAUGUAUUCAAGCCACCAAAGACGUUGUAUUGUACAACUGCUAUUUUUCUAUACAUCUGCUUUUAAAACGGAACCCUCAUCCAUGCCAUUAUUCCUCCUGAGGUUUAUUUUUUUGUAUGUUUACAACCACACUGUGGUGACAACCUCAUAUCAGUUCCUGGCUAAACAUUGUUUCAAAUCUGGAUGGCGUCUUUUUUUUUUUUGGUUUAUAAUCUGCCCACACAGUCAGUGGCAGUUGAAGAGGAACCAUUUGGUUUUGUAGGUUUUCGAUGGAUGUGUUCAAUAAUGGAUUUUAUUUUUUAAAAUCAUUUUAUACGGACUUUGUCAUAGUUGUGCUUGCAAGUUUCCCUUGAGCUGACAGGAACUUUUACUUUGAGCUUUUUAUAUGCAUUUGCGUCAUCCAUGUUUUAUGAGGUAGUCAUGUGUGUUUAACCCAAUUGAAGAAAUAUGCUUGCCAAAGGUCUAGGUCACUCGAAACCUUCAAUACACGUCACAGCACCAAAUAGUGGCUGGCGUGUGCUUGUGUGCAUAUAUCUAUAUUUUUACUUGUAAAUAUGUUUUGCUCUUUACGCACAAAUAACGGCAGUGGAAUAACCAUGCCUACAUUUAAUAAAUUUGACAAUGCUGCUACAGCAUGUAACACUGGAGUUGAAAUAAACAUGAGAAAUGGUGAGAAUUGUAUCAACUGUUUGUUUUCCUUAAUCAGAACCUCAGCCAAGAUUUUCAAAAAUGUAAACAAAAAUCCACAAUUCCCUAAAUUGUCUAAUCUAUGUUAGUCCGUAUAGUGCCAGCAGGGGGCAGUAUUGAACUAAAUUGUAAUCUGGGUUGUGUUUAUAAACUGAAACGAAAACCACUUGGAUUGACCUGGGUCUAAUUUAAAAUGUAUGUCGCUUGACCUGAUCUGGUUCAUAAUAGACCGUGACUAACGUCAUACACUAACAUGACUUCAAACAUAAACAACACCUGAAUGAAUCUUAACUAUAUUUUCCCCUCUUUUAACUGCGUUUAAAAUGUAUCCACUUCUCUUAGAUCUUUACUACAUACUAUCUUUAGACCACUUUUUUAGGGAUUGACAUGACCAUAGCUUUGUCACGAGCACAACCAUUUUACUAAAAUACAACACCUGUAUGAAAUAUGUCAAUAUUGAAAUUGCAAAAAUUUUUAAAAAGUAUUAUAUCGUAUACGGACACACUAGGGGUGUGUACCUCUUGAUAAGUUACCAUUUGAUGAUCUCACGAUAUUGCAAUACAGUACAACAAUUAUCAAUACAUGGGUUAGGAAAUCAUUCUAGGAUAUUCUACAAAACAACUCAUAACCAAAAAAAACUAUUUUUAUUCUUUGAAUUGGAAUAAGUAUCACGAGUCCAAUCUCCCUCCCUCUUCAAACGGAUUGGAUGUCUAUGGCCGUCAGAAUGGAGGACCAAACGGCACAGAAUGAAUUAUAUAAAUACAUCUUUAAAUAAAUUCUUAAAUGUGUCAUUAAUUCACAGUGGUGAAAUGUAACGAAGGAAAAAUACUUAGUUACUGUGCUGAAGUACAUUUUUGUGUGUCUGUACUUUACUUGAGUACAAAUAUGAAGUGGUACGAUUUACUUCACUACAUUUUACAGCACGUAUCUGUACUUUUUACUCCAGUGCUUUUCAGAUUGCUUUUGUUUGUUUUCUUUUUUCUCAGUGUGAAUUCACAAUUUAGUUUUCAUGCCUCCGGAGCGAGUACAAUACGAGUACAAGCAAGAUUAGGUAGCUGAACAAGAUAUUGACCAAUAAAAACCAACGGUGAGAGCAGUGCGCCUUCAGAUGCGUGCUGCACACUAUUGUACAGUAGGUGGCAGUGUGCAUCUUAUAGUGGUAUGUACAGUAUACAUUAUAAAUUUUUGCAUCAGGAGAAAAUACUC